AAAAUAGACCUUUAUCUCUGUUUCGCCGCUAGGUGGCGUUAUGGUUUCCUACUCGUGAGCGGUCACCCAUUUUCAGCAAGGUAGUUUCUCGGAAGAGGCAUUCCUGCAGCAGAUUCAAGCUGAAUGAACUGAUCGACUAAUUCCAAGGUUUAGAUAUCUGACCUGAUGGUUACUUCACUGAAGUUUUCGGCCACCUUGGCCCAAUCUGACCCUCAGAAUAAUGCAGUGGUCAUCAUUGGCCAGCCUAAAAACCUGGGUCAAAUUUCUUUUGAUGAUGUCCGUUGCAAGUUGGAGCCAAGAGUGGAUGCAGAUACGUUCAACACUGCUGUGGCGGGGCUGCAUCCAUCCCCGACUGACUCCUGUCCCUUGUGGCUGAACAAUGCCACUGUCGCUGCCCUGCCCACCAAGUGUAGCAGGCACAACACACCCUCGCGCUGUCACUCACUGACCAAGAUCGUCAAGAGUUGUCUUGUUGGGGGAGAUGAAUAUGUUGUGAUUGUCUGUGAGAGAGGUGAUGCCCUGGCCUCCGCAACGGCGGUGGGGCGAGCUCUGCCUCUGUACACGGCCAAGUCGAAUCAGGGAGGAGGCAAACGCACUGUCAAUGUGGAGUUCCUCCUUGUGGGGCAGUACAGUGACACACCUCUCAGUGACACCGACAUCCAGUGUAUGGCUGUUGCUGCAGAGAAUGUUCGUCUUGCUGCAAAGAUUGUCGAUAUUCCAUGUGCUGAAAUGCAUACAGAUGCCUUUCUAGAUGAGGUGAGAAGAGUCGGCAUUGACCUUGGUAUCCAACCAGUCAUUAUUCAGGGGGAAGAACUCCAGAAGCAGGGAUUUGGAGGUAUAUAUGGUGUAGGCAUGGCUGCGAUCCACCAGCCAGCUCUUGCUGUUCUAAGUCACAAACCUUCCGGGGCCACAAAAAGCAUUGCAUGGGUGGGAAAAGGUAUUGUCUACGACACUGGUGGCCUCUGCAUCAAGUCAAAGACCGGCAUGUGUGGGAUGAAGCGAGACUGCGGAGGAGCAGCAGGGAUCCUGGCAGCUUUCCACACUGCUGUCAAACUGGGAUUCCGAGAAAAUCUUCAUGCUGUGUUGUGCCUGGCUGAGAAUGCUGUGGGACCAACGGCACAGAGACCUGAUGAUAUAGUAACCAUGUAUUCAGGAAGAACUGUAGAACUGAACAACACAGAUGCAGAAGGGAGACUGGUGUUGGGAGAUGGUGUUGCUUAUGCCCAGAAGGACCUGAAAGCUGAUGUCAUCGUGGACAUGGCAACACUUACUGGGGCCCAAUCAGUUGCAACAGGUCGUUACCAUGCAAGUAUUGUGACAAACAGCGAGGACAUGGAACUUGCCUGUGUGAAGGCUGGUCAGAACAGUGGUGACCUGGUUCACCCCAUGCCAUACUGCCCAGAGCUACACUUCAGUGAAUUUGCUAGUGCCCUGGCUGAUAUGAAGAACUCUGUCGCUGAUCGUAACAAUGCCCAGGUGUCAUGUGCGGGACUGUUUAUUGGCUCCCACCUUGGCUUUGACUACUCUGGUGUGUGGCUUCACAUUGACAUGGCAGCGCCAGUGCAUGUGGGCGAGAGGGCAACAGGAUACGGAGUUAGUCUACUCACGACUCUAUUUGGAGAGUUGUCAACCAAUUCCAUGCUCAAGUUUAUAGCCCCAUCAGUGAACUGUAGCAUGGAAACAGAUGAGAACAAUUCCCCAAAGAAACAGCGUCUCCAAUAAGAACCUAUGUUGCCAUUUAAUAAAUGGACAUCAACUGGACAAAUUCCCCAAUGCUGAUUUGUUAAUUUUUGUCCUUGCACUUAAGAUUUGUGAAUGGAUUAUCAUGAGUUUGGAUACAAAUACAAAUUUUAGCAUGUAAGCAAUUAUAGGCCUUGAUUUUUAUAGGAAUUUUUAUUGUAAAGAGCAGGAUAGAUUUUAUGGGAUAUGUUAGUUAUGAUUUUUAAUUUUCAUACCAGAAUGGAUCAGUUGUUUUAUAAUAGUUGUCCUGAAGUAUUUACAAGUUACAGUUAAUGAGUUUAUACCCAAGGUCAUAUUUGUCUAUGUGAUGAUUAUGUGUUUUUGUUGGUAACUUUUAUUUUAUUUUAUUCUCUUUUUUUUAUGAAUCAAACAUGUUUGACUGGUUUGAAGUAAGGUGAAGAGACCCAUUGCACUAUAUUGCAUGGCUACCGCAUGUUAUAUGCCAUGUUGCCAUCAAUGUCAGUGUUAGAAAAUACAUGGGUGUCCUUGAGGUUGCAUACAGUGCUCAUUAAACUUUGGAAGCAUAAAACCUAACAUUUAACAUAGGACCAUGACAAGGACUCCUUGAUUUUUAGCUCCAGGUGUAAGAGAUACUAUUCUGAACCAGAAAUGCCAUAUACGUUAUUUCAGCAGUUUUCAGUUUUGGCAUAUAAUUACCUAAAAGUUUCAUCUCCGUACCUAGUGGAUGGCCCAGAGGGACAUAGAUAUGUCAGGAUGCAGGGUUAUCUGGCUGAUAUUCCAGAUCCAGCACAAUUAGGAACAGUCGUCUUGUCAGCAAUAUCCCCAUGCCUGCGGGUCCAAAGCUGCAAAUGUCGAGCAAUUCUUUCUGCCCAUAUUAAGCUGACAUGAAUGUAAAAUAUCUGAGAUAUUGUACAGUGUAGUGUUAAAACCAAAUCACUUACUAUAAGUGUCAUGAAUGAAAAUGAUUGGAAGUUUUUCAACACAUAUACCAUUUAUUUGAGGAUCACAUUUCUUUCUAUGAAACUAUGUGAUCAAUGUCUGAAUGAUGUAUCAUUUGUGUUGGCAAGCAAUUAGUCCAUAGAAUUGCUUAGUAUUUGAAGGUGUAACAUGUUUUUCAGGGACUAGAUCCACUUACAGGCUGAUACAACUCAGUAAAUAUUUAGAGGUCUGCUUGUAGACAACGUAGCCAUGAUACACACCAAUAAUUUUGUAAGGGAUCUGUGGUCAGACUGAUUAUUGUCCGGCCAUUCUGACUUAUCCUUUCAGUACGUCUGUACAAUAUUCCUUUGCAAGAUCAGUUCAUCACCACACAAAAAGACUUAAAAUUUGCUUACUGUCUAUAUUGGUUUACAAUGUCACUAUUACUUAGAUAUGUACUACUUUAAAAAGGACCACUGGAUUCUUUCAUAUUACUAUAGUUAAUCUGUUAUGCCAUGACAUAUAUACUAUAGUAAUCUGAAGUAUCAGGUUGUCCUUAACUUUUUUUUAGUAUUAUACAUGGUAGAGGCACGGCGCCUCGGGCACAUCUUUCCAUUACUUAUAUUGACAACAUGCAUGCAAGAUGUUGACAAUUGUAAAAUGUAUGUUUCCGUGUUUGACUACAUCUGUGAUUCUUGUGUUUUAGUGAUGGGGCUCUUUUGCCACACCGUUAUGAAUACUUACGUUGAUGUAUGAGUGAUAUAUUGAGGUCAUAUGUUCAAAGAAAUAUAAUCGUGUAAAAUUUUAAACCAAGGAAAAUGUUUUUGUAUAAUGACCACUAUUUUUAGUUAUUUAAUUGAAUAAAAUAUAUUAUGCAUUA